AUACUGAUAUCACAAAUAAGAAAUUAACAGAAAAGUUAAAAAAAAACUUAUUGAAACGUAUUUUUAAAAUAUCAAAAAAAUCAAAAUAUAUUUUAAUAUUUGCAAAUUUUUUUUGAAUUAUUUGCCCGGGGUUUGGUUUAUAAUAUGAAUAUUUGCCGAGAUCGUCCGAGUGUCGACGCAGCAGUCUUGCUGAUGUCGUUUUAUCGAUCCUGGCUUUUCCAAAGUUGGCCAGCACAUCGACGCCAGAGGUUUUUUUUUUAGAAUCAGUAUCUCUUAUCCUGGCCCAGACGAGGAUGACCGACCAGGAAGAGUUGGAUUAUUAUAUAAUGUUUCCCUCGUUUCCUGUUUCACCGAAAGAUCCAACCAUCACUUCCGCAACGGACAAUCAAGACCGCAGGGAUGAUUUUGUUUUCGUUUAUGAAGAAGACAAACGACCGGUGGUCGUUCUCCUCGGCUGGGCCGGUUGUCAAGAUAAAUAUCUUGCCAAAUAUAGUGCAAUUUAUGAAGAAAAAAGUUGUAUUACAUUACGAUACACAGCACCAGUGGAUUGUCUAUUUUUAAGAAGAGAUAAAAUGCCAUAUAUAGGAAAACGUUUAGUUCAAGUAUUACUUGAUAAAAGUUUGGGUGAACAUCCAAUAUUUUUUCAUAUUUUUAGUAAUGGUGGUGCGUUCCUUUAUGAAUACGUAAGUGUUGCAAUGCAACAAGCCGGAUCGCCAUUUCAGGUUAAAGGAGUAAUUUUCGAUAGUGCUCCAGGAGAGAGAAGAGUUCUAUCAUUAUAUAGAGCAAUUAGCGCAAUAAUUGGUGGACAUCCGCUGACAAAUAUUCCGAUGUCAUUUGUCAUUACAUUCUUUCUCUCUGUUAUUUGGAUUGUCGAAAUUUUCAUUCAGUCGUCAUUAAGAAAGGGAAAAAUGAUGGCAAGUCUAGCAUCAUUGGCCGAAGAGCCUUAUUCAUGUCCUCAAUUGUUCCUCUAUUCCAACACAGACACUCUAAUAUCAUCAGCGGACGUGGAAAAAUUUGCGACUCGUCGAGCCGAACGUGGUGUUAAAGUUGAAAUGGUUCUUUUUACUGAUUCCCCUCACGUUAAACAUUUCACGACAUAUCGUGACGUUUAUGUAAAUACAGUUUGUAAUUUCGUAAACGAAUCAUUGAGAAUAAAACAAAAGACAAUCGAGGGUAAUAAUGAUGGGCAAUGUAUCGAUGAAGAUGAUGUCAAUUUAAUUGAUACACAAGGUUUAACGAAACGAGUUGUCCUUCCUCACGAAGCGACCAAGUAGUAGAAUUAAUAUUAUAUAUACGAAAAUAUCUCUCAAAAAUUCCCUCCUACUAAUUUUAAUAUUCAUCAUUAUUAAAAUUAUAACAAUAUAAUUAUAAUACACUACUGUAUUCUAAAUACAGUACCAUUAUAAUUAUCUCUUAUAAUUUUAUAAUGAUUUUAUUCUCAUAAUAAAAAACUAAAAAUAAAAAAAAAUUUUAAAAAUUUGACUAAGGAAAUUAAGAAUUAAUUUCUUUGGUUAAAAAAAAAUUGUUAGUUAAAUAUUGGCACAAAAAAGACGAAGAAUAAAAAUCUAUUGUAAAGUCUCUCUCAAAUUAUAUAGAAACUUAGCACAAAAAAAAAAGAAAAAGUGUAAAUUAGGAUCGAUAUCAAAAUAUAGGAUAAAAUUAUGUACAUUAUUUUUGAAUUCUUAAGAGAAGGAAACAUUUAAGAUUCUUAUUUUUUAAACAUUGAUGUUUAAUGGAAGAAAAAAGAAUUGUAAAUACACAAUUUUAUUUACAUGAAUGUUAAAUUUUUAAUUUAA